AUGUCACAGCAGGGGUAUGCAAUUGAGCUCUACUUCGACCCGGCGCUGGAAAACCAGGUCUUGAAAGCCUGGAACGUGCUAGCUCGCCGCCAAAUCAGCACGCAGCUCAUCGAAAUCGAGUCUCGCCCUCAUAUAACCCUGUAUUCCAACCCUUACAUCGACCCCACGAAGCUGGAAUCAGUAAUAAGGAGCUUUGCUGCAAGGCAAGAGCCUUUGCCUAUGUCUCUCUCCACCAUCGGCACCCUCCCCAGCGACAACAAUGUCCUGUUUCUAGCCCCCACGCCUUCGCUCUCCUUGCUUCAGUUCCAUUCUCAGCUCUGUGAUGCAAUGAGGAAGGAAGGAAUCGAGAUUGGGGAAGAGUACAGGCCUGAUGCUUGGGUUCCUUACUGUGCUGUGGCUCAAGACGUUCCCAAGGCGAGAAUGGCGGAUGCAUUCUGUGUUCUCAGAGACUUGAAGUUGCCUGUUAAUGGGUAUGCUAUGGAUAUUGGGGUUGUGGAGUUCACGCCAGUUCGUGAAUUAAGCUCCUUUGUGCUUGGUAACUCUGUAGAAUGA